AUGUCUCUCCCCAGGUUCCAGCACAACAAGAUCUACACUUACAUCGGCGAAGUACUGGUCUCGGUGAACCCGUACAGGAGCCUGGACAUCUACAAUGCGGCCACGAUGGCUCAGUACCGGGGCCGGGAGAUGUUCGAGGUGCCACCGCACGUGUACGCCGUGGCGGACGCUUGCCAGAGGGUGCUCAGGCAGCAGGGAAGGGAUACGUGUGUUUUGAUCUCCGGCGAAUCGGGCGCUGGCAAAACGGAGGCUUCAAAAUUUAUAAUGAAAUAUAUCGCAGCCAACACAACACAGGUGCACAGAGAAUACAUUGACAGGGUUAAGAACGUCCUCAUCCAAUCUAACUCGAUACUGGAGACGUUCGGUAACGCUAAGACGAACCGCAACGACAACUCCUCACGCUUCGGCAAGUACAUGGACAUACACUUCGACUACAAGGGCGACCCUGUCGGCGGGCACAUCAGCAACUAUCUCCUCGAGAAGAGUAGGGUGGUCAACUUGCAGCCGGGCGAGAGGAAUUUCCACGCGUUCUAUCAGUUAUUAAGCACAAGCAAUCCGUAUCUAAAGAAGUUCGGAUUGAGCUCGAGUGCGGUGUACAAGAUAUUGGGCAGCGAGAGAGGUUCCGCGCAGGACUCUAAGCUUUAUUCCGUUACGAAUAGCGCUUUCAACGCACUCGGCUUUUCCCCUUCGGUGAUCGACGACAUAUGGAGUAUAGUGGCUGGAGUGGUCUUGCUGGGCGAGCUGAGCUUCGCGGAGGGCGGGGAGGGCGGCGAGGGCGAGGUGGCGGUGGGCGGGCCGCUGGGCGCGUGCGUGGCGGCGCUGGGCGUGGGCGCCGAGGAGCUGCGCGCCGCCCUCGCGGGCCGCGUGCUGGCGGCGGGCGGCGAGCUGGUCAGCAAGCGCCACUCGCUCAGCGACGCGCACUACACGCGGCUCGCCCUGGCCAAGGCGGCGUACGACCGCCUCUUCAGCUGGGUGGUGCAAGAGAUCAACAAGGCUAUCGAAGCGCCAAAGGAGACAUACAAGAGCACCCUCAUCGGCGUCCUCGACAUCUACGGCUUCGAGAUAUUCGAGACCAACAGCUUCGAGCAGUUCUGCAUCAAUUACUGCAACGAGAAGCUGCAGCAACUCUUCAUCGAGCUGGUGCUGAAGCAGGAGCAGGAGGAGUACGCGCGCGAGGGCAUCCAGUGGCGGCCGGUGCCGUACUUCAACAACCGCGUCAUCUGCGACCUGGUCGACGCGCCCCACAAGGGCCUCAUCGCCAUCAUGGACGAGGCUUGCCUUAACCCCACCAAGAUCUCUGACGAGCAGCUGCUGCAGGCGAUGGACUCGCGGCUGAGCGGCCACAAGCACUACACCUCGCGCCAGCUCAGCCCGGCCGACAAGCGGCUCAAGCACGCCGUCGACUUCCGCGUCACGCACUACGCGGGCGAGGUGACGUACGCCAUCACGGGCUUCAUGGACAAGAACAAGGACUCGCUGUGGCAGGACCUGAAGCGGCUGCUGCACUCCUCCACCAACCGCUCCCUGGCCGCCAUGUGGCCCGAGGGCGCCACGCACAUACAGAAGACGUCGAAGCGGCCCCCCUCGGCGGCGACGCUGUUCCGCAACUCGAUGGCGGCGCUGGUGGGCGGGCUGCAGACCAAGGAGCCCUUCUACGUGCGCUGCGUCAAGCCCAACCCCGUGCAGUCGCCCUCCGUCUGGGACGAGCUGCUGGUGCGCCACCAGGUGGCGUACCUGGGCCUGGUGGAGAACGUGCGCGUGCGCCGGGCCGGGUUCGCGUCGCGGCAGCGCUACGACCGCUUCCUGAAGCGCUACAAGAUGCUGUCGCAGUACACGUGGCCCAACUUCCGCGGGCCCGGCGCCAAGGAGGCCGUCAUGGUGCUGCUGAGGGACCUCGGCAUCGCAGACGUGCAGUUCGGACACACCAAGCUCUUCAUCAGGAGCGCGAAGACCGUGCACGCCCUGGAAGCCGCUCGCGCCGAGCUGAUCCCCUCGAUCGUGGUGCUGCUGCAGAAGCUGUGGCGCGGCGCCCUGGCCAGGGCGCGCUACCGCAAGAUGCGCGCGGCGCUGCUCAUCUUCAACGCCUGGAAGCGGUACCGCUGCCGGCGCUGGGUGGCGGGGCUGCAGCGGCAGGUGCGCGAGGGCGGCGCCGUGCGCGAGUGGGGCGGCGCGCCGCGCGGGCUGGCCGUGGCCAUAGUUCGCGGCGCGCACCGCCGCUGGCGCGCCUGGCUGGUGCUGCGGCCGGUGCCGCGCGCGCAGUGGCCGCAGCUCAAGCUCAAGAUCUGCGCCGCCAGCGCGCUCGCCCGCCGCCGCCCGCACUGGGGCGCGCACCGCCUCUGGCGCGGCGACUACCUCGCCCUCGACGACUACGACGACCGCGCCGCCGUGUACCGGACUGCGCUGAGCGGGCUGCAGCGGUCGCAGCACUUGGGGCGCGCCGUGUUCUCCUGUCGGGUGCACAAGUUCAACCGCUACAACAAGCUCGCCGCGCGAUGCCUGCUCGUCACCGACACCGCCAUCUGCAAGCUGGACUCGGGCACCUUCAAGCUGCUUAAGAAGCCCACGCCCAUCACAGAGGUCGGCGCCGUCCGAGUAAUGAGCAGCGACGCGCAGCUGGUGGUGAUCAGCGUGCCGAGCGCCCGCAACGACCUGGUGCUGGGGCUGGUGCCGCCGCGGGAGUCGAACCCCGACCUGGUCGGCGAGCUGCUCGGCGUGCUCGCGCACAGGUUCAGCGCAUUGACUGGCAAGGAGCUGGCCGUGGAGGUGGAGAGCGGGGUGACGACACGCUGCACGCUGGGCGGCAAGAGCCGGGCGCUGCAGCUGCCGGUCGCCUCCCCCUCCUCCCCCUCCUCCCCCUCCUCCCUCUCGCCGGUGCCGCCCUUCACGCACGCGCACAACGUCAUCACGUACCACCCCGCCUCGGCGCGCGCG